AUGAAUGUUCCACAUGCCAACCCGCCUGGCUCAGAGCAACGACGUACUAAUGUAGCCUGUCGCAGAUGCCAUCUGAAAAAGGUCAAAUGCGAUGGAAAGGGGGGACUCCCUUGUACGGGAUGUAGGUCAACCAACACUGACUGCGUUCACAUUGAAUCACAGCGAGGGCGGUACAUCAGAAAGAGACCCCAAGGACAAAAGACAAAACGGAAGUCUCUCUCUCAGGCAAACCAACCAGACAUGGAAGUGGUCCUCCCACCAAGUUCCGUCUCACAACCCAGCUCCCAGCCUGGCUUUCCUCCAACUCCGAAGAAGACAUUCGACUUCUUCCAAAAGCCCAUCGAGAGAGCAGACCCAGAAGCAGAUGAUGUUUCCAGUCAGGACGAUGGCCUCAAGCUCUACCUGCAUAUCGCAGAUCAAGGUGUUAGCUCAAUGCCUCAACCGAUCUCGCGUGAAAAAGAAACUUUGUUCCUUGGUGAAUCCUUUAGCUUGACGUAUGUCGUCCACGAUGUUUUGGCACCCUUUCUCGGGACCGAGUAUGCUCCCCACUACCGCAAGCGUCUCCAUUUCCCUGUCGACGAAGCACUUGAUUCGUCCCUCGAGGCUCAACGGGACAUGGUAAAGCAGCAAAAGCGGUUGCUUCAAGACAGGAAUAUCUGGGUCCAGCCAGAUCCGACUGUUGUAGACCGGCUUCUGGUGGGUUACUUCAAGUGGUUUCAUCCAGCGUAUCCGGUGCUUGAAAAAAGCUCCAUUCUCUGCGAACUCAGCAAAAACCAGCUCUCCUUGCUCAUACUCAACGCCGUGCUCAUGAUUGCGGUCACGGUCUGUGAUGAGGCGGACUUGAGUCUUCUUGGAGUUGAGAAUCGUCAUCAAGGGCGUGAGCUUUUUUACCGUCAAGCUAGGGUACUAUACGAGACCGACUCCGAUCCUGAUAAACUACAUAAUGUAGUGGCUGCCUUCCUGAUCAGUUUUUGGUGGGGCGGUCCCAACGAUCAAAAGGACUCAUGGCACUGGCUAGGGAUUGCAGUCAGCUCGGCACAGAAUCUAGGCAUGCACCGUUCGUUAGUCAAUCUUUUCAUCAUUAUGAUCAAUAUCAGUAUUAAUACUUCUCUUGUUCCAGUACAGCAGAAUCCCACAUGUCUAGCAAUCGUGUCAAGAUGUGGAGACGUAUUUGGUGGUCCAUGGCUCGUCUUUGCAGCAUAUGUGCGUCAGUCCGAAUUGUCCUGUCCUCAAAUCGAUCCGUUGACCAGCAAUAUUCUAGUCAGCGACAUUAUAACCUCACGGUAUUCAGUGGUCAAACCAAAUAAUCCCACAGAGAAAAGAAUGCACCUUGAAGAGGAACUCGAAACCUUUCGCUUGGAAAUGCCCAAGCCUCUCAAAUAUGAUGGGAUCGGGGCAGACGGCGAUCUUAGCCUGUGGGCAGCAAUGUUACUGUUGGCACAUAAGUCAGUUCCAUACCAGAGGGAUAAUCCCAUUACGCUAAUUCAAGGAAUAUGUAGCUUUGGGGUCAUUCUGCUUAGUCGCCCUCCGCAUACGAGCUGUUUGGAGGCUCCUCAGCCUUGGGGCAACCAUUCAAAAGCCUUGGCAGCAGCAAACGAAGUUACUCGAGUAACAGAAGAUAUUCUCUCACUCUCUUUGGGAAGAAUAUGUCAAAUUCACACAAUUCCCGCACUCUUCAAUUCCCUCGCAAUGCAUGUUUUCACAAUAUGUACCUCGCACGCUAUUGAGCGACAAUUGGCCGAAAAUCGAGCUCGCACGUGCAUGCUCGGCCUAAUGUCCUUGCAGGAAUCCUGGCCUGUCAGUGGAUGGAUUCUGCGGCUGUUUGUUUAUAUUAUGGAGCGAUUGAAGACUCGACCAAACACACUGAACCCGGGAUCAUCUUCGUCAGCUAAUCUCCACGCCCGGGCCAAUCCUCCCUUUGAUAUGGGCUCGGGUGGCUCUCUGGUUACACAGAUUGGUGCGGCGGACACAGAUACUACAGUGCAAGUGCACUGUGAUGGAAAUUCAUACAACCAGCAAUCACAUUCAGACUCGGGAGUCACGGGUUCUCUGCUCGAAGAUGGGAAUUUAUUCCCAGACUUAUUUCUCAUCAAUGAGUUUGGUGUUGGGCUGGAGGCGUGCAACGUUGAUUUCUUUGAUCUGUUGCGGUUUCCAUCCGAGACAAUGUGA